CAGCGCGGGGUUUUGACGUCAGAAGCAGUCGCGGUGCAGCGUGGAGAGGCGCUUUGAAUCCCACUGAAAUAUUUAGAGUCUGCAGGCGAUCGGGUUACCAGCUGUCUAUCUUUACUUAUUUGUUGGAAUCAUGAGCAAAGCUCACCCCCCGGAGUUGAAAAAGUUCAUGGACAAGAAGCUGUCCUUGAAGCUGAACGGUGGACGGCAAGUCCAGGGGAUCCUGCGCGGGUUCGACCCCUUCAUGAACCUUGUGAUGGACGAGUGUUUGGAGAUGGCUGCAGGAGGUCAGCAGAACACCAUCGGCAUGGUGGUGAUUAGAGGAAACAGCAUCAUCAUGUUGGAAGCUCUGGAGCGGGUAUGAGGGGGUGUGGCCAUGUGAAGGCCCCAUCCAUCAAGAGGAGGGGUCUACAUGGAAGGGGAGGAGCAUCACUUUUAUAACCAGCAGUCUCUUGAUUCCAAGGGCAGUCUAGUCCCUUAUUCGCUGUUAAGGAUAGCAAAACAAAUGUGUGAGUUCAGGUAGUGUUCCGGGAUCCUUUUCAGAUAGUAUGUAAUGGUGUAGGGGUUUGAAAACCUGUGGAACAAGCAUGGGGAUGAUGUUAGAAGAGGACUCCAAUCCAACACAAGAUGUGGGAUCCAUUGGAGAGUAAGGGGCCCGGUAUACAGUAGAAUAUUUAGUGUUCAGAAUGCAUUGUGUUUCGACCACCAAGCUACUUAGUGUAAAAUCUCCUAAUGGAAUGAAGACUUGUGUCUCCCUGUUGAAAGUGACAGUGUGGUGUGAAUGCUGUGCUAGUCCUUGUAUCCACUGUAUCUCUUCAGCUGUGAGUCUUUGGGGGAGGGGGGAGCUAGUUUUCUAAAGUGAUGCUUUUUUUUUUUUUUUUUUUUUUUGUUUGUAGUUUUGUCAGUUCCAUAGCCUGAUUUGAGCUGGAGAUGCUGUUUUCCUAAUAAAACUGUUUUUGUAUGAAA